AUGACAUCCUCCCGCGACUCUCGAGAGCCGCAGAUGGCCGGGUUUGCCAGGCAUACUGUGGGAAUGGGCCUGCUCUUGGUGGUGGUGGUACUCUGGACGGCCUCGAAUUUCCUCGGUAGUACAAUCUUCGCCGACAAUACAUACCCAAAGCCUUUCUUCGUCACCUACGUUAACACGUCGCUGUUCAUAUUGCCACUAUUUACCAUUCUGCUCGGUCGAACAUGGACGCUAUGGCGCUCCAAGAGAUUGUCGCAAGUCACCUCUUUCCGGAGUUUGCUGCGCCAUUUAGACUCCGAGGAUCCCAAGUCCGACGAGCAAAGUAUCCUGCGUGGGGGAUCAUUCGACAAUGAAUCGCGCGCCCAUGAUGUCGAAAACCCGGUGUAUGCAAGCGCGACGAACGGUGACCAGAGUUCGAAGCUGGGGCUGCGAGCAACAGCAAAACUCAGUCUUGAAUUCUGUCUUCUAUGGUUUAUCGCAAACUACUUUGCUAUGGCAUGUCUCCAGUUCACAACAGUGGGUAGCGCGACUAUCUUAACCUCGACUAGUGGUGUUUGGACCUUGAUCUUCGGAGCCGUGAUUGGAGUUGAGAAAUUCACGCCCCGCAAGCUCCUCGGCGUUGUCGCAUCCCUCAUCGGCAUCAUUCUAAUUUCCCGCGUGGACCUGUCCAAGCAGGACACCGACACGACCCCGGCUGCUAUCAGUGGCCGGGAUGGAUCGUUCCCGCAUAAGACUUCCGGGGAAAUUGCCCUAGGCGAUGCAAUGGCGGCAUUCAGCUCCAUCAUGUACGGAGUCUAUACGAUCGUAAUGAAGAAGCAAGUAGGCGACGAGUCACGCGUGAACAUGCAGCUCUUCUUUGGGCUGGUGGGUCUAUUCAAUCUCGUGCUUUUGUGGCCUGGAUUCUUCAUUCUCCAUUGGAUGGGAAUUGAAACGUUCGAACUGCCUAGCACAGACCGGGUGUGGACGAUUAUUCUAGUCAACUCAUUAUCCUCUUUCAUCUCUGACAUUGCGUGGGCAUACGCUAUGCUCCUGACCACUCCUCUUGUUGUGACGGUCGGUCUAAGUUUAACGAUCCCGCUGUCCCUGGUCGGUCAAAUCUUUCUACAGGAACAGUAUGCUUCCCCAUUAUAUUGGUUUGGCGCAGCUAUUGUAUUCUUGUCAUUUUUGGUCGUCAACCACGAGAGUAAGGUCGAAGAAGAGGGCCCUGGCCCUGUUCGACAUAGAGUUUCCUCUGGCGAAUAUGAGAGCAUUCCUCGCGAUGAAGUCCGUUAG